CUAUUAAUCAAGUCUGCGGCAGCUUUUAGUACAUCUCAUAUUGCGCUUGGUUCUCCAGAAAAAGUGAAACUAUGGAUUGACGGUCACGCAGUAGACUCCAAAGCUUCCGACUGGAUUGAAGUUACUAAUCCAGCCACUGAUGAAGUAAUUAGCGUGGUUCCAAAAACUACAAAAGAUGAGAUGAAGGCAGCUAUAGAGUCAGCUAGAGUCGCUGCUGAAUCUUGGAAACAAGUUACCAUCAUCAAGAGGCAAGAACACAUUUUUAAAUUACAGGAACUGCUGAGACGUGAUAUGCAGAAAUUAGCUGAAAAUAUCACUAAUGAGAACGGGAAGACUCUAGACGACGCUAAGGGUGGCAUUAUCAGGGGACUUCAGGUAGUCGAGCAUGCUUGCGGGAUGACUAAUCUACUGCUUGGAGAUAUUCUUCCUGGUGUCUCACGAGAUAUGGACACCUUCAGUCUUCGUGUUCCAUUGGGUGUAAUUGGAGGCAUUUGUCCUUUUAACUUCCCAGCAAUGGUCCCAUUGUGGAUGCUUCCAUUGGCACUGGUUACAGGGAACACAAUGGUUAUUAAACCUUCUGAGCAAACACCAGGUGCCGCAGUAAUGUUGGCAGCAUUGGCAAAAGAAGCUGGGUUUCCAGAUGGCACUCUGAACAUUAUCCACGGACAGCACGACGCUGUAAACAUGAUUUGUGAUCAUCCUGCCAUCAAAGCAAUAUCUUUUGUUGGCAGCGAUGUCGGGGGUAAACACGUCUAUAAGCGUGGAUGCGCCAAUGGAAAACGAGUACAGUCAAAUAUGGGUGCUAAAAAUCACUGUGUUAUUAUGGCAGAUGCUAAUAAAGAAGCUACUUUAAAUCAGCUGGCCGCAGCAACAUAUGGUGCUGCAGGUGAGCGGUGUAUGUCACUGUCUACAGCCGUCUUUGUUGGAGAAUCUCGAAAGUGGAUUCCGGACUUCAUUGAGAAGUCAAAACGUUUGAAGGUUAAUGCUGGAUGGAUUCCUGGUACCGAUUUUGGUCCCCUGAUAUCGAGAGCUGCUCAAGAGAGAGUUAUUGGAUUAAUUGAGUCUGCUAGAAAAGACGGGUGUAAAAUACCUCUGGAUGGAUCACAUAUCAAAGUGAAAGGUUUUGAAAAAGGCUAUUUCGUAGGUCCUACCGUCAUUGAAGGUGUUCAACCAAACAUGCGGUGCUACAAAGAGGAGAUCUUUGGCCCAGUACUUUGUGUAAUGACUGCCGAAACAAUGGAUGAAGCUGUUGAGAUCAUUAACAAAAACCCUUAUGGAAACGGCACAGCGAUAUUCACUACCAAUGGUGCAACCGCUAGAAGAUUUAUGGAGAAUGUGGACAUCGGCCAGGUCGGGAUUAAUGUUCCAAUCCCUGUUCCGCUUCCAAUGUUCUCUUUUACUGGUAAUCGAGGCAGUUUCUUAGGAGACCUGAACUACUAUGGCAAAGCGGGGAUCGCUUUCUACACACAAUUUAAAACAGUCACUCAAUUUUGGCGCCAUGAAGAUGCAAGUCCGGAUUUGAAAACCUGA